AUGGGCAAUUUUUCCGAGUCUCCGGACCGUAGCCGAGACCGAACACGCGACAAUGGCGUCGCACAUGCUGCCGUCGAGUUUGCUCAACAGGCCGAGAAGCUGUCGCUGCCGAACCACCAGAACAACGACUCCGAGGUCGCCGUCGAAGCUCGAUUCGUUACACCUCAAGACCCCAUCGUGGUCACCUCGGAGGGCAACAGGCUCCCGGGUGUGCCACUCGUCGAGGCGCACAAGCUGAACGUUCUCAAGGAAGAACUUAAAAAUGGCCCAGCUGUAGUCAAAAUUAAGCAAGGAAGUGACACGGAGGAAGAGAUUGACAACGGCGGAAAGGUCCCAGGCAAGCAGGAAAAGGUCAUCUCGCUACCAACAGACACAAACGGAAAGGCGAUGCAAAAAGCAGAAGAGGGCUCCCUUCGUCGCCAAACGCCGCCAUCACACACCAACCCCUUAUUCCCGCCACUACCUCUCUAUGGACCGCCGUCGUUGCUUCGCGAUUUACAUUGUCUUGUUUUCCGCAUCUCGUCCUUCUUCCUGAGUCUGGCUUUUCUCGGAGUCAUUGUACUUGGUGCACUCUUCACUAGCAUACCAUCAUUGUGCAGGCAGGUGUUCUAUCGUCUGACUUUGCGUAAUCCGGACAAGACGAGGCCUUUCUUCGAAGAGGAGGCUCGCAGGAACAAGGUGCGCAAGGAGGAAAAUAAAAAAUGGGGGCGCAGAGAGAGCCUCGGCAAAGGCAGGGAGCUCGCCGAUGAGUUCGUCCCAACGGAAGGGGGCCCGGACCCAAUUGUCUGCGAUGUUGGAUACUACGCUCGUCGCGUCGGUCUCGACGUCGAAGAGUUCCAGGUUCAAACCGAAGACGGGUUCCUCAUCGACUUGUGGCAUGUAUACGACCCCAAGGAAUACACGAGAAUGAGCGAAGACGACAGAUCAGACAGAGGACCCGACAUUUUCACUGCCUCCAAGAAGAAACUCAGGGACCCCAGCCAGAAGCGCAAGUUUCCCGUCCUACUCAUACACGGCCUUCUCCAGAGUUCAGGAGCCUACUGCACCAACGACGAUGAUUCACUGGCAUUCUACCUUUGCAAGUCUGGUUAUGACGUCUGGCUUGGCAACAACCGCUGCGGCUUCAAGCCCAAGCAUGCCUCGCUGGAGUACUCCGACCCGCGAAUGUGGUGCUGGAACAUCCGCCAGAUGGGUGUUUUUGACCUGCCGGCGCUGACCUCUCGAGUCCUUUACGAGACCGGCUUCGAGAAGAUCGGCUUGAUCUGCCACUCGCAGGGCACGACUCAGACACUCGUCGCGCUGGCAAAGGAGCAACGGCCAGACUUGGGCGAGAAGCUGACGGUAUUCUGCGCCCUGGCACCAGCUGCCUACGCCGGGCCCUUGAUUGGGAAGAUGUACUUCAAAUUCAUGAGAAUCAUCACGCCAGGCAUGUUCAGGUUGAUGUUCGGUAUCCACGCCUUCAUUCCCUUCAUGAUGCAGAUGCACCAGCUGCUCCACCCCAAGAUCUACGGCUGGCUCGGUUACAAAGUUUUCUCUUUUCUGUUCGACUGGACGGACACGAGGUGGGAUCGAGGUGUAAGGGACCGCAUGUUCCAGUUUGCGCCCGUCUACGUCAGCGCAGAAUCAAUGCGUUGGUGGCUCGGAAGAGAAUGCUUCGCAAGGCACAAGUGCAUCCUCUCCACCAAAGAGGACGUCCGCGCCGAGGAGAAGGAAGACAACAUCAACGGACACGACUGCCACACCCUCCGGGCUGACGAUGCUGACGGGCAGAUGUCUCAACGGGCCCUGGACGAACACGCCCGCAAACCCAAGGGAUCAACCGCAUGGUACAACGAGCAAGCACCACCCUUUGCCCUCUGGGUCGCUGGAAACGACGACCUCGUUGACGGCAAAAAGCUCCUCCGCAGAUUCGAGCGGGGCCGCGAGCCGCAUGUCAACGUGGUCCAUAGCAAGGUCAUCCCCGAGUACGAGCACCUCGACGUCAUUUGGGCGAUGGAUGCCCCUGAGCAGGUGUUCAAGGAGGUCCGCGAGGUGUUGUGGAAGACCUGUGACGCGAGAGACAAGUGUCGUGUUCCCAAGGGUUGCGAAGACGUCAAGCAGUGGACGCCACCGAACAAGACUGCGAACGUGGAGUCGGAGGAGAGCCAGUCCAGCAGCGACGAUGCCGAGUAA